AUGGCGAGCAAUCUAGCUCCAAUUGCGCAGCUUCUAGAGGCGAGCUUGGAUCCCAGACAGCACAAGCAAGCCGAGGCGGCGUUGAAGCAGGAGGAAGCCAAACCGGGAUUUUCCCUCCAGCUCCUCCACAUCACAGCGUCGGAGACGUUCCCAUACAACACCCGUCUCGCGAGCGCCCUUUGCUUCAAGAACUUUAUAAAACGGAAUUGGACGGAUGAGGAGGGCCAGUACAAGCUUCCGGAGAACGAUGUGGUCACCAUCAAGCAGGAGCUGAUCAGCUUGAUGAUCUCGAUGCCCCCUGGCAUACAGUCCCAGCUCGGAGAGGCGGUCAGCGUCAUUGCGGACAGUGACUUUUGGGAAAGAUGGGACACCCUUGUCGAUGACCUGGUUUCCCGACUAUCCCCCGAUAACAUCAAGUCCAAUAUCGGUGUCUUGCAGGUGGCUCACUCCAUCUUCAAGCGGUGGAGGCCUCUGUUCCGCUCCGAUGACCUGUAUAGGGAGAUAAAUCACGUUCUUGGCAAGUUUGGGCUACCAUACCUGGCACUAUUCGAGUCACUUGAUGCAUAUAUCGAGAAAAAUAAAGACAACAAGGAGAAUCUGGCCCUAGGAUUUACCCAGCUUAACCUCAUGGUCAAGCUGUUCUAUGAUCUAUCCUCGCAUGAUCUGCCGCCAAUGUUCGAAGAAAAUCUGGGCGCCAUUGCAACAUUGUUCCUCAAAUAUUUGAUGUACGACAACAAGCUUUUACACACAGAUGGUGAUUCGGAGUCCGGCGUUCUGGAAUUCGUCAAGGCGGGCACCUUCGAGGCCCUUACUCUCUAUGUUCAAAAGUAUCUCGACGUAUUCGGCUCCCUCGUUGAACAGUUUAUUGGCAGCUCGUGGAAUCUGCUUACCACAAUCGGCCAGGAGACUAAAUACGAUAUUCUUGUCAGUCGAGCCUUGCAGUUUUUGACCUCCAUUGCAAAGAUUCCAGCCCAUGCAGCAGCCUUCCAGAACGAGGGAACCCUUGGCCAGGUUACAGAGAAGGUAAUCUUGCCCAACGUUACUCUCCGAGAGUCAGACGUCGAGAUGUUUGAGGAUGAGCCAAUCGAAUUCAUCCGAAGAGAUCUUGAAGGUUCCGAUAGUGAUACCCGACGACGGGCCGCUACCGACUUCCUGAGGCAACUCCUUCAAAACUUUGAAGAUUUAGUUACCACGGUAGUGUUAAGAUAUGUCGACCACUACCUGGCGGAUUAUGCAAAGUCGCCUUCCGGCAACUGGAAAUCGAAGGACACUGCCGUUUACCUGUAUUCCUCCAUUGCCGCUAAGGGGACUACAACGGCAAGCCACGGUGUCACAACCAUCAACACCCAUGUCAACAUCACCGACUUCUUCCAAAAGAACAUUGCAUCGGAUUUGGUUGCAGAGACCGGUGUCCAGCCAAUCUUGAAGGUCGAUGCUAUCAAAUACCUUUACUCUUUUAGAAGCAUUAUCACGAAAGAACAAUGGCGAGAAAUCAUGCCCCUACUAGUGAAGCAUCUCGCCUCUUCAGAUUAUGUUGUCUACACUUAUGCCGCAAUUGCCGUUGAGCGAGUGUUUGUCCUCACUGAUGCUUCCGGAGCCCAGGUUGUGCCAGCAAGCGACAUUGCUCCCUUGGCUGGACAGCUUCUAGAGCAUCUCUUCCAACUUGUCCAAAAAGAAUCAUCCGCCCCUAAAGUUCAGGAGAAUGAGUUCAUCAUGCGAUGUAUUAUGCGAGUCCUGGUGGUGAUCAAGGAUGGUGCCGUUCCCCAGACCGAGUCUAUCCUCAAUCACUUCAUCAGAAUUACCCAAAUCAUCAGCUCCAACCCAAGCAAUCCACGCUUCUACUACUACCACUUCGAGGCACUGGGUGCACUCAUCAGAUAUACUGGACCUUCCAACCCGGAUAAGCUUGGCCAGGCUUUAUACGGCCCAUUCUUUACCCUUUUACAGUUCAUGCCAUACGUGUUCCAGCUACUGGCUGCCUUGCUUGAGACAAACCCGAACGGUCCAUUCCCAGCCUACUUCGAAGACAUGAUAUCCCCGAUUCUUGCGCCAGUUAUGUGGGAGCAGAGAGGAAAUGUUCCUGCUCUCGUCCGUUUACUGUCAGCUAUCGUACGACGUGCAGGAGACCUUUUAAGCAAAAACAACCAAAUUGAGCCAAUAUUAGGAAUAUUCCAAAAAUUGGUUUCAUCCAAAGUCAACGAAAGCUAUGGGUUUGACCUUUUGGAGACUGUUAUUUCGACUUUCCCUUCGGCCAUGUUGCAAAACUACUUCUCCACCAUUAUUCAAAUCAUUCUCACCCGACUACAGAACUCGAAGACUGAAAAUUUCUCCCUACGCUUUGUCCGGUUCUACCAUUUCCUCUCCGCCCACCUAGAGAAUGGAUACGGAGCCGAUUUCUUCAUCCAAUGCACCGAAAACAUCCAAAGCGGUGUCUUCACUCCGAUUUAUCUCAGCAUCAUCCUUCCAGAGUCUAGAAAACUUGCUCGACCCCUUGACCGCAAGAUCGCAAUUAUCUCGUUUGCCAAAACACUCUCACACUCCGAAGCCUUUGCCUCUCGUUACAAGAAGGGGUGGGGAUUCACCUGCGAGGCACUGCUUUACCUUCUCGACCAACCCAUUCUUCCCACUACCGGCGAUGAUAUCGUCGCCGAACAUGACGUUGAAGAUAUGUCCUUUGGAGUUGGAUUUACCCAAUUGACCACUAUCCGAAUGCCACCUAGGGACCCUUGGCCCGAAACAGGCCCACAAGUUGGCCAGUGGGCUGCUACGUACUUGAAGGAGGAGAAUAAGAAGAGCAACGGGAAGAUCCAGACUUUUGCCCAAGAGAGACUGAACCCUCAGAUCUUACCUGGCUUGGCCAAGCUUCUUGCUUAG